GACCUGCUUGUGAAUAAUCUAUCAGAGAGUUUCAACUCAUACAUUUUAGAUGCUAGGGACAAGCCUAUAGUAACCAUGAUUGAAAAGAUUAGGAGAAAGCUGAUGAGGAGGUUCCAAUUGAAGAGGGAAGGGAUGUCUAAAUUGACAGGGAAAAUAUGUCCCAAAAUUCAAGCGAAGUUGGACAAUGAAGGUUUGAAGUCUUCUGAUUGUGUGUCAAUAUAUGCUGGAAAUGGUUUAUUUGAGGUUGAGUGCAAACAUCAAAGGUUUGUUGUGAAUUUGAGCAAGAGGACAUGUGGUUGUAGGAAGUGGGAUCUUACUGGCAUCCCAUGUCAACAUGCCAUAUCUGCCAUACUAUUUGAUGGAAGUGUACCUGAAGAUUAUGUGCAUCCUUAUUACACAAUUGAGACAUACAUGAAGGCAUAUGAACCAAUAAUUUACCCUGUGGCUAGCAUGGAACAGUGGAGAAGGACAUCAAUAGAUCCUUUGGAACCACCCAAGGAUAAGAUACAACGUGGUAGACCCAAGAUAAAGAGAAAGAGGCAUCCUUUAGAACCCAAAAACCCAUAUAAGCUAAGCAAGGCUGGUACAAUCAUCAAGUGCUCUGAGUGUAAGAAGGUGGGACAUAAUAGCAGAACAUGUCCAUCCAAAAAAGACAAGGGUACAAUGUCUACCAAUGCUAAGAAGACACCUACAACAAACAAGAAGCAAGCAGCUGGAGGUGCAAGGGCUACUGCUGCAAGUGCUGUAGAUUCAAGGGCUAAAGGUAUAAAGACUAUUGCUGUAAGUGCUUUAAAUUCAAGGGCUGGAGGUUCAAAGGCUGUUGUUGCAAGUUCCACCGGUGUAAGAACUUCAACGGCACCAUUAACAAUAUAUGGUGGUGGUGCUAAUAGUGAGCGUGUGGUGGUGCCAACUUUGGAAAAAGCCAUUCAAAGGAUGCAGGCUAAGAAGAAGAAAAACCUUGGGUUUGAGCAAAUAUAAUUAGUUUGUGUUGGGUUGUGCAAACUUUUUGU